CCUCCCCGCCCGGUCCCCGCCCCCUGGAGCAAAUGCUGCCGAGCUGCGGCCGCGGGGCAGAUGCACGCGCUCGGGCCCUUCUAGCAGGCGCGAGCAGUCGCUGGGCGCGCGAAAGCGAAAGAAGGAAGAGGAAGGGAGGGCGGGGGCGGGGUGUUGAAGAGGGGCGGGAGGAGGAAGAGGAGGAGGUUGGAGCGCGCUCGCGCUUGGCCUCGCGCCCGCGCGGAGGGAGGGGGAGAGGGGCGCGCGCGCGCACGCUCGCGUUCUCGCUCGCUCCAUCCAUCCAUCCUCCGGUCGCGGCACGCGCGCGCGCUCCGGGCUCGCGCCGCACCCCCCGCCCGGGAGAGGCGGGCUGGAGUGGGGGGCGGGGGGAGGGGCGCGCGGACGGCGCGCGGACUGCGCGCGGGCGGGGUGAGGUGAGGAGGAGGAGGCGGCGACGGGACGAGAAGGGAGGGGAAGGGGCCAUGGCCGCCCGGUGAGGCGGCGAGGCGGGGGGGCGGCCCGACCCCCCGGCCCCGGGCCCUGGGCCCCGGGGAGAGGCGAGGACGGACCGACGGACAUGGGGCUCCGGAGCAGCCGCCGCCGCCGCCGCCGCCGGAGGACGCGGCCCUGAGAGGCCGCCGGGCCCCGGCGCGGCCCCCCGGGCGGGCCGUGUUGCCGCCCGCUGUGCUAUGAGCAGUCAGAGCGCCGUCUCCACAAGAGUUUACAAAUGAAAAUGGAGGAAAUGUCUUUGUCUGGCCUGGAUAACAGCAAACUAGAGGCCAUCGCUCAGGAGAUAUACGCGGACCUGGUUGAGGAUUCUUGUUUGGGAUUCUGCUUCGAGGUGCACCGGGCUGUCAAGUGUGGCUACUUCUUCCUGGACGACACGGACCCUGAUAGCAUGAAGGAUUUUGAGAUCGUGGACCAGCCGGGGUUGGACAUCUUUGGACAGGUUUUCAACCAGUGGAAGAGCAAGGAGUGUGUCUGCCCCAACUGCAGUCGCAGUAUCGCUGCCUCCCGCUUCGCUCCCCAUCUGGAGAAGUGCCUGGGGAUGGGCCGGAACAGCAGCCGCAUCGCCAAUCGCCGGAUUGCCAAUAGCAACAAUAUGAACAAGUCGGAGAGUGACCAAGAGGAUAAUGAUGACAUCAAUGACAACGACUGGUCCUAUGGCUCAGAGAAGAAAGCCAAGAAGAGAAAAUCAGACAAGCUGUGGUAUCUCCCAUUCCAGAACCCCAAUUCCCCUCGAAGAUCCAAGUCUUUAAAACACAAAAAUGGGUUCUCUGUCUGUACCUCUGCAUCAAACACCCUUCCCCUUCUUUUUUCUUCUUCAGGGGAACUUAGCAAUUCGGAUCCUUUUAAGUAUAACAACUCAACUGGGAUCAGCUACGAAACCCUGGGGCCGGACGAGCUGCGUAACCUGCUCACCACGCAAUGUGGGGUGAUUUCUGAACACACCAAGAAGAUGUGCACAAGGUCCGUGCGCUGCCCCCAGCACACAGAUGAGCAGCGGCGAGCCGUGCGCAUUUAUUUCCUCGGACCCUCAGCCGUCCUUCCAGAGGUCGAGAGUUCCCUGGAUAAUGACAGCUUUGACAUGACUGACAGCCAGGCCCUGAUCAGCCGACUUCAAUGGGACGGCUCCUCUGAUCUCUCGCCCUCCGAUUCAGGCUCCUCCAAGACGAGUGAGAAUCAGGGAUGGGGUCUAGGUACCAACAGCUCUGAGUCACGGAAAACCAAGAAAAAGAAAUCCCAUCUGAGCCUGGUAGGGACUGCCUCCAGCCUGGGCUCCAACAAGAAGAAGAAGCCAAAGCCACCGGCACCCCCGACGCCCAGCAUCUACGAUGACAUCAACUGACUUGGGUGCAAGGGUUAGCCUUUGGCUGAGCAGAGCCCUCUCUCCCAACCCCCACCCAGGUGGCAAAGCCUGGCGAAUGGACGGCUGCUGGGGGUUUGGGCUUGGGAAGCUUGGUGGGGCCAGGCAGGCAGAGGAUCCAGUUAUGCGCCCCUGGGGGGUGUCAGGGUCCUCUGCGACGGAGCACGACCCCUUGGCAUGCAGGACUCAGACCUGGACAUAUUAUGCCUUGGACAUAAGUUCGGUGGGGAGGCGGUUUUCCUAUUUAUUCUGUGAGUUACUGGAUGUCCAGCUAGGCCAGGGGCCUGACCUGGGCACUGUGCCAGGGCACUGCCUGCCCCCCACCCCAGGAACUGGACUAAGCCCUGCCGAGAAGCAUUGUGGCUACCGGGGAGGCUGUGGGUUGGAAGCUGAGCCUGGAGGGGGCCUCCCCCAGCCGCCCUCAGCAAUGUGAAUGGGUCCGGUGCUUGGAGCUGAGGGGCAGGGCUGGGUGUGUCCUGUCUGUGUGCAGAAUCCUAUCAGAUGCCCCCAAUCCGAGGGGUAGGCAGGCCCAGCAAGCUGUCUGCUGAGGUGGGUGUCCAGAACUGCCACCGCCUUCCCUGCCCCUCACAGGGGCAGCCCUUUCCCCUCAGUCCCCAUGGGCCUCCUUGGCAGCAGGAGCUGUCCUUUUGUUGUUGGGUGCCAGGAAAGGGCCUCCAGCCUCUACAGCUUCACGGAAGAGGCAAGGGGAGGGUAGGAAGAGGGAGCUGUGUAUCAGAAUGACUCCCCCCCCCCCCUACCUUUCCUCCCUGACCCAGGGCUGGUGAGGAGUGGGGCCCCAAGGUGAGAGGGAACGGUGCUGCUUUAUUUGAAAUGUUUUCUUACCUCAUUCCCUGCCCCAGGAAGGGGCCCAGCCUCACCCUCCUGGGGUGGCCCCAUGUUCCUCCCGCCUCCCAUGCCCCACUGCCCUAGCAGGGCAGUCCAAGUUCCCAACUGCUGCUUGCUACCCCCUCCUUCACCUUGACCAGCUUCAGUUCCUCUCUCAAUGCUCCUGCCUCCGAAGCCUGCCCUGUUUCCCCUUCUUAGCCGCUUUUAAGUUAUUUAUUCUGUACUCGUGGUUUGGGGCUCUGAGGAAAAUCCUGAUCUUUUACCUCUCCCCCUUUGCUAGGAGUUGGGGUGGGCAGAGGCUAGUCUCCGUGCUCUGGGUUGUCAGUGGAGGGCUGUCGUGCCUCGGCAUUGCCCCUCUGUGGGACUAUCAUGCCAGUGUGCCCACCUGCCUGGUCUACAUCCUGAAAAGAUGUACCGUCCCACCUCCACGUGGGCACCAUCGCUCCCAGGAGCCGAGCUGGAGGACUACGGUCUGGGCUGGGAGCAGAGCUGACUGACACAGGGAUGGAGUUGACCCUGAGCCAUGUUCUCUGGCAUUUGCUGGAUGUGAACCCUGCCCUCUUCCCAGGAGGAGCCAUCCCACAUUUGGGUAGCUAGUACCCAGGACUGGUUGGACUGAUUUUGGGUUAGGGACCCUAGAGGGUUAAGGGAACAACAAGAGAUAGGGCUGCAGUACCCUGUCUGGAACCCCAGCCCCCCCUCCCCACCCUGGGGUGGUUCUGAUUGUGGCUGAUGCCUGGUUACAAAUUGGUUUUUAACCCAAGAAUUGUGAUUAUUUUUUAAAAAGCCAAACACAUUUUGGCAGGAGUUAGAAUAAAUCCUGGGGCCUGGGCUCCUCUGUUCUUGACCCUCCAUAGUCUUCUCCCUCGAAGGGGAAGCCAGAGGGAAAGGAGGAUUUCAGCCAGCCUCCAGCCUGCUUCCAAAGGAAGUCUUGGGAGUGGGCUGAAGGUGAAGGGAGGACAGCUCAGGCCAUUCUCCCUUCUGAGAGGCAGCUGCAGCUCAGGCCCUACCAUACCCUUUCCCCUCUGGCCUCUCCCUUUCCCCCCUCUGGUUGGAGGAGGGAGAAGUGGGAAGUAGUUUGGGAACUGGUUUGUCCACAUCCACUUCCCCAUUGUUCCUUGGCCCGCCCUCAGGGCACAGCCCCCUGCCCAAGCUGGGUAAGAGAUGGGCUUGGUCCAGCAGGGACCCUGAGGGAGCAAACCCCUUUCCUUCUGGGGAGAGUGUGCCCCCCUACCAUGUAGUUGAACAGGGGCUAGGAGCUCUCCACUCCCCUCCCUCUAACAGCAGGCUGUGUGGGUCUCAAUUCCCAUCCUUCCCACCCCGGCUAGGUGUCGUCCACCUGUAUCCUAUCAUGUGUCUGAGUGUGUGUGGGGGGGGUUCUGUACUAAUUUCCAUGGCCGGUGGCUUUUCCUUCCAUGCAUCACUCCCCCCCGCAUGCCCAGGGGCCACCCGCCUGGCAUUACCGCAUGCUGGGGUCAUUGGGGGAGGGGGGUGGGGCUCACGCUGUCCUGUGGUCUUGAGAUUUUUAUUUUUGCAUAUGUAAUCCAUCCUGUACAGGUAGCUAACUUUGUAAACGCUGUGUAUUUCCCCUGCCCCCAUGGCUGCUGGUGUAAAUAAACUGCAUCUCCCGUUGGUAGCCCGGCCUAUCCACCCUCCUUACCAUGUCAAUGGGGGCAGAGCAAAGCCAUUCUCUUAAUGUCACAGGAGGCUCCACAGCCACAAAACGGAACUUUAUUUAGUCACAGACACUGACCCUCCAUCUGAGAAGCCCAGAAGCAAGGGCCUGGGGCCCAAGGCUCCAUACCCAGAGCUCGUCCUUGGAGCUGGGCAGGGUAGGACACUGGCUGAGGGCCAGAGCUCUCUCUUGCUUACAGCCUUAGGCCUAGGGUAGCAGCAGCUGUGGCUUGGCCUCUCCCAAUGCUGGGGGCUUGGCUUUGUGCCCCAAUCCCCUUUCUGACUGAGCUCUAUAAAGGACUAUUUAAAAAAAAAAAAAAAAAAAAGCAAA